AUUAUUUUUUUUUUUUUUUAUUCGUGUAUUUGAAUGUCACGUUGCAGCACGUGAUGUUUUAAUUGUGAUAAAAGAAUUCGAAGGAUCUAAUGGUUAGAACUUUACUGACAAAACUCAAUCAUCACAAUUAUCAUAAAAUACUUGAAAACUUCCUAUAAACUAGAAAUUCUAAAAGCUAAGGGACAUUUAAAUCCUCAUUUCAGGUCAUCUACAAACACAAUUUGUCUCCUUCAGGGUAACUAUUGUGUUUCAAUUUUUGAGUGAGAAGUAAAUGAGUUUUUUUUUGGACUUCGUAGUGAAUCCCAAAAUAAAAUGAGAAAAAGUACAGUCCGUGGAAGUACAACCCGUGGGGACUCCUCAAUUCGCGGAGGCAAAACUCGUGGUAGUGCUUCAGGUCGUGGUUCCUCAACUUCCAAAAGCAUAAACACAUUAACAGCUCGCGGAGGAAGUGAUGCUUCACCAAUAAGAAAUACAGUAGUAGCUCGUGGGGGUCUGGCGAACCGUGGGAAAGGAAAGGACCCACUACUUCGCACUAGAGAUGAUAGUAUAGAGAAAAAUAGUUCAAAAAAAGGCGAAAAGAAGAUUUACAAAGUAAGCCUAACCAAUGCAAUUGUUAAGAAAUUGAUAGCUGCUAAAUCAAGAGGUAUCCAAAUGAAAAUAAACGUUUCUAACGUUCCCGACAAAAUGGAGAUCGAUGCCGGCGAAGGCGAGAAAAUACAAUUAAAUCUUUCUAGUCCUAAGAAGGUCGAGAUGAUUUACAUUAGAAAUGAUAACAUUGUAGAGCCAAUUGGCAACAUUAUUGGGUGCGUUAGCACUACGAUGGAAUCACAUGAAGCCGCUAAAAGAGAUCUUACUAUCAAAAAGAUGAUGAAGGAGAGUUAUGAAGAGGAGUCAAAGAGGAAAAGGAGGGUGCAAGUUCUCGAAAUUAACAAGAUCCCUUCAGAGCAAGGAAAGACUAAAUCAAAGCGUCAAAAGAAUAACGCCGGAUCUUCAAUAAAGGUCCAGCAAUCGCCACCGGUGGCCUAUUUAUCUUCAAGCAAAGUUUCGUCACAGCUUUCGAAUAUAACUCGCGGCAGUAAGCCUCUUCGUGGAAAGACAAGGGGUGGUCGAACAAAGACGUCUAUCGGUACAACCGUGGUUACAGAAGUGACUGACGUCAAUGACGAAUCAACAAUAACGACCGCUUCUGUUCGAGGAGGUAACGUAACUCGAAGCGGCAAAACCACUGGAGGCGGAAAAUCAACACGAGGUCGAGGUGCAAAAACUACAAUACCUGACGCACAAAAAGUAAGUACAUUUCAGUCGACGACGGCCGCUCGAGGAAAGAGGGGAAGACCUGCUGGUGUAACAAAUAGGACAACACGUGGCGCGAAAACUAACAAUACCAUGGCGACAAGGACUUCAACAACGGCUUUUAAGGCAUCUGCUACUGUCAAGAAUGAUAACGAUCAGCUGUCAAUGUCUGAAGGGACUACAUCUUCCUCUAGUAAGAAAGGCAAAGGCAAAACAAACGGGCAACCAGCGCUAUCAGAGUGGAAACCUGGACAAACUAUAACAAUAUUAACAGAAUUUAAACAGGCACGAAAAAUUUGUGAAGAAAUGGAAAAUGACAUUCAAGAAGUAAUUGAUGAUCUUGGUGCAUAUGAAAGUUGUUAUAAUACCUAUAUAAGCUCGAUAAAAAAUGUUAGUAAGGGUUCCAAUCAUGAUUUAUUAAGAGAGAUUGAGAAACAAUUCGGGGAAGGUUCUCAAGCUAACAAAUUAAUGCAAAAAUACUUACAAUUGGAGAAAGAUAUCAAAAUUAUAUACGAUGAGUUAUGGCGUGCUGCUAAAGAGGGACCUAUAUAUGAAAAUUGAAGUGUUUAUCAUUUGUAUGUAAUAAUUCUCUUUAUCCUCUUUAAAAACAACAGUAAUUUAUUAUCAUUAAACAAAAUUGUUUAAAUAAAAAAAAAAAUUUUAAAUUUGGUAGCAGAAGAGAUUUAAAAAGUAAUAUGUCGGGUAGACAUUGAGACAUUGAUACAGUAUAAUUCUGUCUGAUUGGCUAUAGAAAAAUUAAUUUAUUGUAAUUAGCUUUCUUUAGCUUUUAAUUGUAAAUAACCAAUAAUCUACUAGAAUUUUAUAAUUAAAAGUAAUUUAGAUUAAUAAGAGUUGGUGUUAUUGUUAAUUAUA